AGGUCAAUCCAUCCUCUCUCGAUCGUCAUCACAUAUAUCGCAGCUCCAAAUCCAACAAUUAAUUGCCAUCGGAAUGUACCGUGGAAGCAGCUCAAAUCCUUCUGGCGGUAAGUCUGCAGCGAGGAGGCUCGUGGAGUAUGGCAGGACCUACGUGGUGAGGCCGAAGGGGAGACACCAGGCCACCAUCGUCUGGCUCCAUGGGUUAGGCGACAACGGAUUAAGCUGGUCCCAGCUUCUGGAAUCACUUCCUCUGCCAAAUAUUAAGUGGAUAUGUCCGACUGCUCCUACAAGACCUGUAUCCAUGUUCGGUGGAUUUGCCUGCACAGCAUGGUUUGAUGUUACGGAAAUCAAAGAGGAUGGCCCUGAUGAUGUUGAUGGACUGGAUGCUUCGGCUGCACACAUUGCAAAUCUUUUGUCUUCUGAGCCAUCUGAUGUGAAACUCGGGAUCGGUGGAUUCAGUAUGGGUGCUGCCACUGCCUUGUACUCUGCAGCAUGCUUUGCACACGGCAAGUAUGGAAAUGGCAGCCCCUACCACCCCAUCAACCUCAGUGUAACUGUCAGUCUCAGCGGGUGGCUUCCAUGUUGCAGGACUCUGAAAACAAAGGUCGAAAGUUCACAUGAUGCGGGGAGGAGAGCUGCUUCCAUGCCAGUCUUGCUCUGCCAUGGAAGAGGGGAUGGAGUCGUUUCCUACAAGCUCGGAGAAAGAUCUGCAGAGAUUCUAAGAAUCUCUGGGUUCAGAAAUCUCAUGUUUAAGACCUUUAAUGCGCUCGAACACUACACUGUACCUGAUGAGAUGGAUGCUGUCUGCAAGUGGCUUACGGCGAGGCUGCGGCUCGAGGGGCCUCGCACUUAAACGAGAGGAGGAGAAAUGGACUAUAGUAUAGUAGACACAUCAUAUUUCUUCUAUGGUUGUGAAUGAUAUCGCUUACUUAGCAAGUCUUGUUGCUUUAGCUUUGGCUUUGGCAGUGUAUUAAUGGAUACGUGAUUGUAUGGUUGUGUAUGCAUCUUCCUUCACCAGCGAAUGACCUUCGUUAUGUUGCUGUGGCUUAGC